ACUCUAAACACCAUUGAUGGUUAAUCCAUGAGAAGCUUUCAACAGAUUAUGCCAUGAGAGAUAUUGGGCAGCUGCUGUCAUGUGAAGAGCAUCUGAGGACUGUUACGUCACAUCCUGUGUGCGAGCAUCAUCUGCGCGCGGAUCAUCAUUCAUUGCGCUCUUCAUGUAAACACUGAUGCUCGCUCUGCGUCCGUCAUUUAUUACACCAAGGUUUUUAUUACACCGAGGGACCACAGCAAAGCCGCCGCUUUCCUGAAGCUUGCAGCGAGGACGCGUCUGUGACGUCGCGUUACGUCGCGCGCCGAUCGGACUGCGGUCUGUUCUCUAAUAAAGCAUGACGCCAUCGCGCGACAUCUCUCCGCGCAGCAGCUGAUGUUUGACCGACGCUGAUCGCCGGGAAGGAUGAAAAACCGAGAAUAUCAGCAGAUAGAUCCCCAGGCGCUCGCGACGCCUCCGCCCGAUCACACGUCCAGACGACUCCGGAGGAAAUGGGAGGUGUUUCCCGGGAAAAACCGCUUCUGCUGCGAGGGACGCAUCAUCGCGGCGCGUCAAAGCGGCGUGCUGCCGCUCACACUGGCGCUCAUCCUGCUCACCAGCGGACUCUUCUUCAUAUUCGACUGCCCGUACCUGGUGCAGAACCUCACCGGCUGCAUCCCGGCCAUCGGAGGGGUCCUGUUUGUGUUUGUGAUGGUCUCUCUCCUCCAGACCAGCUUCACGGAUCCGGGGAUUCUGCCCCGGGCCACACCAGAGGAGGCGGCAGACGUCGAGAAGCAGAUCGACAACCCGACGGGCUCGUCCUCGUCUUACCGCCCCCCGCCGCGCACCAAGGAGGUCGUCAUCAACCAGCAGGUGGUUAAACUCAAGUACUGCUUCACCUGCAAGAUCUUCCGUCCGCCGCGCACCUCCCACUGCAGCCUGUGUGACAACUGUGUGGAGCGCUUCGAUCAUCACUGCCCCUGGGUCGGCAACUGUGUGGGAAAACGAAACUAUCGCUUCUUCUACGCCUUCAUCGUCUCGCUGUCUUUCCUCACGACCUUCAUCUUCGCUUGUGCAACCACACACCUGGCUCUGAGGUCACGAGGAGGAAAUGGGUUGGUUAUUGCUCUCCAAGAGAGUCCUGCCAGUGCUCUUGAGCUAGUGGUUUGCUUCUUUUCAGUUUGGUCCAUUUUGGGCCUCUCAGGCUUCCAUACAUACCUGGUAGCUGCAAAUCUUACUACCAAUGAGGAUAUUAAAGGCUCCUGGUCAGGGAAAAGUGGAGGUGAGGAUGUUGGAAAUCCUUACAGUUACAACAGCAUUAUCAAAAACUGCUGUUCUGUGCUCUGUGGACCCAUGCCUCCCAGUUUGAUUGACAGGCGAGGCUUUGUGCCCUCCGAUGACUCCGUCCAGACCAGUCCUGUGGAAAUCCAGCUCCCAGCUGCUAAAAACGACAAAAACAUGUGCACACAGGGAACCAAAGGUCUGCUGGAAACGGCCUCUCGAUCUCCUCUCCUCACAAGCUCCUGUCCGCAGGCCAAACCUCAAGCCAUGCCGGCCGUCUUGGAGACUCUUCCAGAGAUCGUCCCGUCACCUGAACCCCACCCUCCCAAAACCACUGGAGGACGCCAGUCGACCAACACCCCUCACAAACAUCACUCCCACCACAGAUCCAAGGCAAAACAGACCACUCAUCACACGCACAAGACCUCCAACUCCUCGCCAAGACCUUAUCACAGCCACAGUUCAAGACGGAAAGACUCCAAGAACAGAGACCCAAAAUUCAGUUCUCUGCGCUGAGCAUCGGACCUGCAACGUCCUGUGAUGGUGCAUGGUAAUGCAUUUCCUGGAUCAUUUGAAUUUGUCUUCAUCAGACUUUGGCUUUGGUUGUGACUUCAAACAAACAGGUAUGAUAGUACCAGAAAGAUCUCCAGCUUUAUGAAACUGCCGACUGUAUUAUUCUUCUGUUGAGGAACACCAUCAAAUCUGCAACCUGGAGAACAAAUAUGAGUAUGGACUUCUGUUAACAGAUCGAUGACUGGGAAACUGGAAAAGUGUUUCCAUAUAAACAAGCACAAAGGUCUCAAGAGUGAAAAGCAGAGCAAUUGCAAAUCUUAACAGUGAAAUCCAAAAUGUGCUUCAUCAGAACAUCACUAAUGGAACAACAACACUGUCGUCCUUGAUGUGGACAUGAACUCUGGGAUGCUUUUCUCUGCCCUUUUAGGUCUCAUUGGGGAGGCAUUGGUAAGGCUUCAGUAAACAAAGAACCAAACAUCUUUAUGCAAAAAUAAGAGCAUGCCUGGAGAAUAUAGCUCACAAUCAUUCUUCAUCCGUCAUAGGGCUUCACGAUGAAUUGUAUUAUAAUCACCAUCAUGGUUUUCUGUGAUAUUUGCCCACUGGUAAUUUGUCCUCAAAACCUCUCAGUUUUAUUGUUGCGGUUGCCAGAUGUCAAGAGUUUAAAUCCCCCGCAAUCAUAGCUCCUUUCAUGAAUUGAUACUUUUUCUGACCAGUGGUUUACUUAAUCAGUGUCGCCAGCUAAGCGAUAAGCUUGUUUUUUUGUUUUGUUUUUAAUUCACGAUGCAUUUCUAUUACAGAUUUGGACAAAUCUUUUGCGACAUUUGAUAAAUGUUGAUAGAAAACUAUUUCCAUUAACCAGUGUUAAGUGACCUAAACACAAUUUUUUUCUCUUGCGAUAAGUCAUGCUGUUGGAUGUUGAUAGGUUUAUGUAUAUCAUCCCCACCGUACUAGCCAUUAUUUUUAGAAGGAGACAGAGGCGUUAUCUUUAGCGAAGCAUCGUAUACCCGAGCCUCUUCUGGGAUGCUUCUGAAACAUGCUGUGGUACGGCUGGUAUAAACACGGGCACUGACUUAAGCGGCCAUGCUCAGCUUCUAUGGCUGUGAUAGACGUAACGUGCCACAGUGUAAUUAAGGGUUAUUCAAGCAUUAAUGGCUAGGAAAGCCCUUUAUACUUGAGAGUGGCCACAUAUGAGGUGCUUCUUGGAAGUUAUAGUACAUCAAAGAAUGAUCAUGUGACUUUUACGUACGCCCAUGUGACCUGUAAAUGUGAAAAACCUUCCAUUGGAGUUUUGCGAAAUAUUCCUUUUUGAAUUUCCUGAAAAACCACCUCAUGCGAGCAUAGGACCUUUUUGUGAUACAUGGGAGUCUGACGUGCUUCCAUUGAGCUUAUUUUCAAUUUGCAGUUUCAGUUUGUGCAAUUUAAAGGGUAAUGGAAAUGCAGCUACUAGCGACAAAUCUAGCAGCUUUUUGGACAGACUUUAGCUACUUUCCGAAACUACUUUCAAUUGAAAAUGAUGAGCAACACUAAUCUUCCCAACUAGGCAACCAUUCACACACGCUUUCUCUACAUUACGGAAAAAGCACUUUUGAGCUGAAAACAUCUCUGAGAUAUUCUGCUCAAAUAAAAGAUGUGUAUAAAGUUGUGAUAAUACAUUUAGAGUUAAAUAAUCACAAUCAACCAUUUCACCAUCAUGAUGCAGCCCUGAUCCAUCAUGUUGAACAAGAAUCUUCUCAUUUUCCCAAAGGACUUGAGCAUGAUUUUGUAACAUUUUGUGUUUGAACAUGGUCAUAGUGUGCACAAGUACCUGCUAAUGUGAAUGAGAUGAAGCCUCCGAGUUUCCUGAUCACCGUGUUGAAGAUCUAGUUGAAAAGUUAAUCUGAGUGUUUCUCUCUAAACCUGGUCAGGUCUGUUGUUCUUCACGUUGUAUUCCUGCCCACCGCUGUCUAUCAGUAAUUAGUAAAGGAACAGUCUUAAUGCACUAACUCUCAAUGCAGCAAUACGUUAAUGUUUUAGUCCUUCAUCGUUGCACUCAUGUGCGGCUGUAUGCAUGGACACUUUGUGUUCGGAUGGGAAUGUGGGUGUCGUGUUGUUAUCCAGGUUUUGACUUGAUAUGCAAACUGAAUGUUAUUUAUGAAUGCUGAUACUGAUCCUGUGUUUCUCAAGACCUCUGCAACAUUUGCACAAAUAAAUACCAAGUACUAACAGA